AUGCCGCGCGAAGCAGAAGCGCCGGCGCGCGCGCUGUUUCACCCUGUGUAUGUCGGCGAGACGGGGGGGAGUGCGCGGCACGCAUUGGUUGAAGGGGGGGAGUGGGUGCGCAUGGUCGAGGCGCCGGCAUAUUACUCGCUCGAAAGUUGGCUCGCGACGAUGCGCGACUGGAUCCAAUUUCCAGAGCGCAACAGCAGCAGCAUUCGGCGCUGCGAGAUCGACCGAGGCAUGCUGCAAGAAUGCGCCAUUUUCGCCAAUGCGACGCACGGACAGGUAUCGUACACGACGCUACGUGCGUCGGACCAGGAGACGGAGCAGUGCGAUGCGGAUGCGCUGCAACGCGAACGUGCUCCCUCCGACUUUCCACAGCACGCGUCCGAGGUGCCCUAUUACCACCCGGCCGUGCGCUGCGUCGCAUUCCACUACUCCAACGCGGCGCCGGCCGCCUAUCCUGACGCCCAAGGGACGGUGUCUGUGGCCUUUGUACCGUUUCCUGCAUCGCAAGGUGGGGCACCGCUCGACGAAAAUGGCCGGCUAGGGCGCACGGCUCUCUCGCUUCUGCGCCUCUUGCAUCAGCACAGCUAUGGGCACGCGACGUCCUAUGUGAAGCGCGUUGUGCACGAUGUGCUUGUCCCGCGCGAAGCGUACCAGGACCUGUACAUUGCGCUGCGGACCGAGUACGCAAGCAGCCUGAUUCAGUCAUGGGCCGAAGUGACCGACCCCAAGAAGCAUGUCUUUGAAGACUUGGGGAUCGCGGCCUACCUCAUGCUCCUGUGGAAAGACAUGUUUUCGCCCGGCGCAUCGCUUGCGUGUGACUCUCCGCGCGGGAAGUCGUGGGGGCAGCCACCCGGCGGGUUUGUCGACGUGGGCUGCGGAAAUGGAUUGCUGGUCUACAUCUUGUCCAAGGAAGGAUACCACGGCUACGGCUUUGACGCACGCGAGCGCAAGUCGUGGCCCAACUACGCGAAGGAAGGCGCUGUGCUGCAGGCGUGCAUGUUUGAUGCGCCAGGAGCGCUCCGAGGCACAUCGCCGGCCUUGCCGAGCGGUGCAUUUCUGAUCGGCAACCAUGCCGACGAGCUCACGCCGUGGGUACCGGUUCUCGCCGCCAGCACGCCCUACUGCUUCGGCUUUGUCAAUAUACCCUGUUGUGCCUGGACGCUGGAAGGCGCGCGGUUCACACCGACCCACUUGCGCCUCGACGGAGCAGAAAUCGGCGAGCUUCUCUGCGGGGAAGCAUCGGCUGUGCCUGCACAGACCCCUGUGGCCCCUCAUAUGAUACCCCACAACCUCGCUGCACUCCUUGCCUAUACAGAGUGGUUCGUUCAGCGUCUCGUUACGGCGGCGGAUGCGGACCAAGUUCACUCGAAGCACCUUGCCUAUUAUGCCUACGUCGCCCGGCUCCAUAUGCGUGCUGGAUGGGUGUGCGAGACGGAAGCCUUGCGCAUUCCCAGCACCAAGAACUGGGCCUUGGUGGCGAGGCGCACGCUACACAAUGUGCCGGUGUAG